CCUCCCUACUUCCACCUCAAACGGAAUUAGUUUGUCAGUUGCGGUACUCUAUUGGCCAUGGCAUCUCUAGCAACCUUAGCCGCUGUGCAACCAGCCACCAUCAAGGGCCUUGGUGGAAGCUCUCUCACUGGAACUAAGCUUUCCAUCAAACCCACUAGCCAGAGUCUCAAAACCAAGAAGUUCAGGAGUCGUGCUGUGGUGGCAAAAUAUGGAGACAAAAGUGUAUACUUUGAUCUGGAGGAUCUGGGCAACACCACUGGGCAGUGGGACUUGUAUGGAUCAGAUGCUCCUUCACCAUACAACCCUCUUCAGAGCAAAUUCUUUGAGACAUUUGCUGCUCCUUUCACCAAGAGAGGUUUACUGCUCAAGUUCUCGAUAUUGGGAGGUGCUUCCGCCCUUGCUUACCUUAGUGCCACGGCCUCAGGUGACAUUCUACCAAUCAAGAAAGGUCCACAACUUCCACCAAAGCCAGGGCCACGUGGCAAGAUCUAAUUUUACUGUCUUUUUUCAUCUUCUUCCAAGUAUUUCGUUGUAUUUACUGUAUCUGCCUUAUGAUUUAUUUAGAAUGUGUAAGUAAGUCUAAAACACGCUUAAGACCCCUUAUUUGACUAUCAAAGAUAUGUCUUUCAAGUGAAAUUUGGGGCAUUCCUUUUAUGUUCUAUUGAUGAAUGUUUCAUUCUAAUAUCAUUUUGGAUUUAAGAGUUUGUUUGAAA